AUGGCAGAUAACUGGGCUAGUUUUCCUUCCGGUGAUCCUCCCGCAGAAGGUAAUGCUGAUGCAUCCCAAGGGGCGGUAGGUGGAGCAGUAGGUGGAGCGGUAGGAGGGGCAGCAGGAGGAGGGGGCGGAGAAGAAGACUGGGAUGACUUUGGAGGGUUCGAGGGAGCCACGCCCAUUCCACCGGAGCUGGGUCAACAGUCACCGGGGCCUGGAGUAGAGGCUAGCCCAUCACCAUGGGCUGCUUUCUCAAUGGGUGCUGCAUGCCAGCCCGAUCUUGUGAUUGCCCAGUCUCGUCAGCCGCAGCAUCAACCGGAUAUUGAUCCUCCUUUUGCUGAUCCCGUACCAAAGGCUCCACCACCCGAAUUAGCAUCCCAGGCAGAGGCAUCUCUUCAGGCCCAGCAACAGGCCCAACAGAACGGUGCAGCAGCUGUAGAAGCCGUCUCAGUUGAGGGCGCCCCAUUCAACGAGCCCUCUUUUGGCCGAGGAGCCAACAGACUGGAUGGCAUCGAUGUUAGUUUAGAUGAUGAUGAGGAGGGUGCAAGGCCCAACGAUAUAAUGGCUCCACACGAGAACGGCCGCAUCAGCGAGUCGGAGGCCGCAGCCGCUUUGGAUGGACCACAUGGAGCCCCGGCUCCAGUGCCCCAGGUGCCGGAGGGCCUGGAUCUCAAUGCUGGAGCCAGGAGGGCGGAGGUGGAGCUGGCAGAGAGGGUGGCCCAAAUGGAGCAGAGUCUUUCGGUGGCAGAGAGGGAGACUCUUCGUUUGCAAAGGGAUAAAGAGGAGCUCCAGAGGAAGAUCGUAGAGCUAGAGCGAGAGGUCGAAGGUCAAAGGUUAGAAUCCGAGCAGCAGCAAUCCAGAUACCAAGAGGUCCAAGCCAGACAUGAAAGAGAGCUGGAUGAGAUGAGGCAAGCUGGUCACCAAGCUUUGACUGUUAUCGUAGAAGAAUACAAGGAAUUAUGUAAAUGUGCUGUUGCUGAGCAACAGGAAUUGAGUGAAAAGCAACUUAAGAUAGCAGUCAGCAAAGAGAUGGAGAAUUGCCAAGAAUUAUUACAAGAACAGCAUCAGAGAUUCACAACUGCUCUUGAAGAAGAGAGAAGUAAAUCAGAAAGAAGAAGUGAAGAAGCCCUCCAGGCUCAAGUAGAAACACAAAGAGCACAUAUAGCUGAGUGCUUACGAGAGGAGCAAGAGAAGAGUCGUGUGGAAGUCAGUAGAUUGUUAAAGGAUGCCCAAGCAGAGAGCAAAACAGCAAUGGAAGCAACGUUAAGAGAAGAAACAACAAAAUACUCAGGAAUGAUAGAUGAUAGGCUGAAUGAAGUAAGACAAAGGAUAGAAGAACAACAGACAAAGGAAAGAGAGAUGAUAGAAAAGGCUUUGACGGAAGAAAGACAGAAGAGCAGAGAAGCGUUUCAGAAAUCUUUAGAAGAGGAAAGAUCUCAUCAUCGAGAGUCCGUCAAGCGAGCCAUCGAGCAGGCGAGAGAAGAUUCCAUCCAAUAUUGCAAAGAUCAACAAAAGGCUGACGAUGCUCUGAGGCAGCGGUCGUUUGUCACGAUGGACCUAUUCUUAGAGAGCAUGCGCCAGCAACUCCAGAUCCUACGAGAACAAGGAACCACUGACAUUCGAAAAAAUAAUCAGUCGUCGUCAUCUUCCUCAUCACAACAGCAAGGCAGUAGUUCGCAAAUUUCAAACAGUAACGGAGCGAACUCUUUAUCAUGAUGAUUAUGGGAAAAUACAUGUAGUUUAUGAUAUCGCGACCUUGGUCACCAAAAAAGGCAGGCGAAGGAUGUGGUAGAACAGUGGCUGAAGGAACACUUAGAUCAGCUCUUUCAGCUUGUGAGUACUCCAACUGUGUCGUGACUGAAAAAUCACCCUUCAGAAAGAGAAGAGUCACAAGCCAGCUCUGGAGCGCGUUUCAUCAACGUUUCUGUCCGACAAGUUGUGAGAUCUGACAACUUACCUUGAAUUUGAUUUGCCGAGAAGCACUGUUGCUAUGGUAACCGUAGGAUGAAACAGCACUUGUUGGAUAAAACGUCCAACAAGUCCUUUCUUGAGAUGCUUCCCAGAUCACCACUGGAAGUAGGUGCAUAUACCAACUGAUCAAGAUCAGUGAAUAAAAUGCCAGGUUUCGAUGUGGCAAUACAAGUGUUUUAUGACAUCAGAAAUUGACUCUACUCAUUCGCUCUGUUGACGUCUGAAUUGAUUUAUUACCAUAGGCUUUAUACAUGGUUCAGCUGGCUUUAUAAGGUAACAAGUUAAUUCUCUCGAACAUACAUGCAUCCUAGCAAUGAAAAAAGGGGGGCUUGGGGACUUAUGUGUCUGUAGUGUAGGUUUAGAUAUUUAUAUAAUAAAAAACUAAAUUGGUUCAAGUUUUAAUAAGAAGGGGCUAUAUAUUGAGGCCUAAAAAGCCUGGGGCUGUUUCUUCACCCUGCCAACGAUCUUGGCUGUUGAUUGCCCAACUGUAAUGAAAAAUGAGCAAGCAUAUUGCCUGUGAUGUAAUCUAUAAAACCCAAUUAUUAUCUCUGUCACAAAAACAUAGUUUUCUAAAAAAUUAUAAUGUUGGUAUUUAAUCACAUUUUUCAUAUUUCUUCUGCUGUCAAUCAGAAAAAAAAUGUCAAGGGAGGAACCGUGUCAGCCCCUCCAUCCACCCCCUCAUCUUCUUAGAGUUAUAGCAAUUAAAAACCAUAUUUUACUUACUAUCAAAGAUAUUACAAGGGGAAGAUCAGACGGUACAUGGACCACAUAAUGAAACGCUCGGGAAGAGCGCCCUACAGCGUUAAAUAAGUAACUACCUUUUUUUUUACCUUUGCGUACCGCGAUAUGGUUGUGUACAAAACAUAUGAGAGAAAUGAUGCGGGGGUGAAAGGAUUGACGAUUUUUACAUUUUAUGAUUUUUUUUUCUUCAAAUUUUUUGUUCUUGAAUUUGAGAUGAAUAUAUUUCAGAAGUUUCUGGGUGCCCUCUCCAAAAUCCCCUCUCUCAUUUUCCCCAUAUGUUUUAUACACAGCCGCUUGCCGAUGUGCGAAGGUUUACUUACUCAAUGCUAGUGGGGGCCUUCCCCAUGAAAAUUAAUUGAGCGUUUCAAAAAAUCGCCCCUUGUAGUAUCUUUGUUACUAUGAAUCACCCUUGAUUUCAAGGACCAAAGUUUUUGUGAGGUGAAUGGGGAAACUGUGCUGUCAUGUUUAGGCCUGGGAAUAAAACUCAAACCAUUGAAGAAUUCGAUCAGUUUGCCAACAAUCAGCAACUGAAGGCUACUUUUUACGCUAAUCAAAUGUUCGCCAAAUGUUGAUUAAUGAUUUGAGAUAUUCAAUUAUCAAAAGAACUAAGCUCUAAUCUUUGAUGAUUGAAAACAGAUUGCCAGAUAGCAAGUGAAAUUUAUUCUCAAAUUUAAUGAGUUCCAAACAUUGUAACUCUUCCAAUACAUUUCAACGACGGCCUCACCGUCGAUGGCGCACCAUUCAUCCUGCACUUCAUAGGCGCUGUAAUCGGGCAUUUGACUGAGUCAGCUCACUCCUCAUGUACAUGUAUGACCAUCGGUAGGUCAUGUAAGUUGGUCAACUUUUUUUUAAUUUCUGAUCCAGGAUUCCCGAUUGUUCGAAGUAUGUUAUAUUUUAUCCUGGCAAGAAAUCAAAUGACAAAAUUGGUAUUCAUCCCAGGCCUGGUGGCCGUUUCAUAAAGCUGUUCGUAAGUUAAGAGCGACUUUAAGAACGACUGGUGAUCCUUUCUUACGCGCAAAACCAUCGCUAAUGAAUAUACCAUUUAUCAAAAAAAAGGAUCACCAGUCGUUCUUAAAGUCGCUCUUAACUUACGAACAGCUUUAUGAAACACCCACCUGGUCAUGUUAUUCAUGAUCGUUUUGUUCGUCAACGAAUAUUUAUCAGAUUUUGCUUGUAUAUUUUGCCACUAUAUACUUUGUUGAAAUUACUUCCCAUUGAUAAUUCAUUGCUUCUUUGUGUGUGGACCUAUGUAUUCAUCUUUUUCUGCAAUCAAUAUUGAAAUGGCUUUUUCUGGAAAUCUACACUUGGUAAUGAUAUGAUACCAAGUAUAAAGCGCAGUAGAAUAUAUGUAUAUAGUAGCUGCUCUAUAUAAGUGGACCUACAUGUAUUGUUUUUAGUAUAUCACAAAAGGGCAUAGUCGCAAUGUGAUGGCAGAGCAUUGUUCUCAGGUCCACUGACAUUAAGAAGCAACUUUCUGGAUUGAGUUUCUUAGUAUGUGAGGAAAAUGUGUGACUGUUUUAUGUUGAAAUAUAUAUAGAAUUACUUGCUUUUGAAAUGUCUAUAUUGAGAAAUUGGGGACUAUGUGACUCCAAUUCAUUUAGAUUCAUGUAGAGCGAAAAGGAAAUAUAUCCCAAAUCAAGAAAAACAUAUAUUGUAAAGAUCUGUAGUUGUUUCCUUUUGUCAGUGGACAGCAGUGUUCUGGUACACAUUUAACAGGUCGACUUGGAUUUGAAACAAAGUUUUUGGUGAAAAAGGGAGAAAUAUAUUUAUGCACUCAAUAAACAUGGUUGUUUUCCCAGAAAAAUGUCACAAUUCACAGACUAAAUAGUUGCCAAUUUGUGAAUCAGUAGUGAUCACACAUUUCAAGCUUCUUCAACUAUCUUAGGCAAGUGUACUUAGUUCAUUCUUCCAUGCUAAUUUUUUUUUUGCAAGGCUUCCAUGAAAGCUGCUUGAGGUGUUGGGUUCUUCUUAGGGCAAUUUGUAGGCCUAAGCGCUCUUUCAUAAAUCUGUUCAAAAGUUACGAACGACUGGUGACCCUUCCGUGGGUCCUAAAUCGGUUUGAUUGCCUUCGGCGCAGGGGAAAAAAAUUACACGAGGCUCGGGACGAUUUCGCCCCCAAAAUGUUCAAAAGAGCCCCAAUAAGUCCCCACUCACUUCAGUAUUAAAGGUUAUCCAAUAUUAUUUAGGUAGUAGAUAAUGAGAAGAAAAAAAUCCAUCCAAAUCCAUAUUUUAUUGUUCAAAAUAGAUGUGAAAUGGAAUACUUAGAAAAUUUGCUUUGCCCAAUUGAUUGUUGGCCCGGCAGCCGCUGUGCAGCGCCAGAUCAACGAGGCUCUAUCCCUUUAAUCGCUGAACGCUAAACGGUAGCAGCAACUCCCAUCUUUUAACUUCUUUUUGUCUGAUGUGGCUGGGGUUUGAACUCCCAACCUCCCGGUUGUGAGACAGACGCUCUACCAACUGAGCCAACACACCGGUUUAAGUGUAGCCCCAUCUCCCCCACCCCCCCCCCCCUUCC